AUGAACUACGCGGGUGUGGGCUCGCACUUCGCCUACACAUUGAGCCAGUGGUUCCUGGCACCGUACCUAACCUCCUUAGACAGCCCGCUCUACAGAUUCUACAAUUGCACUGGCCUCUCGCUGCAAGUAAUCUCGAGCACACCGGCGAAGUUACUUGGCGCGUUCUCCACUGCCGCCACGCAGCCACUGUUCGAGGCUUUCGGCAACGCAUCUGCCACCGCGGGGACAAGUGACAGUCUGCCAGGAUUGCCUUCUCUGACCGGAUCCCGGCUUUUCUUCGUGUCGCUCUGUUACUCAAAGUGCCAUGGUAGCUGGACCGAAGGGCUCUCACAUCCUGAAUGCGGGGUCUUCCUGCCGCAUGUGAAGGCCUUCUCGGAAGCCUUUGCCUGCCCAGUCGGCUCACCCAUGAAUCCAGCCGAAAAGUGCGAGUUCUUUUGA